AAAGUGGACGCAGCGCAUAUCGGAACUUGAUCGGAACAUAUGAUUUGAGGCUCUAUGCUCCAUUAUUUGAGGUGUUGUUUUGAGGUUAUAAAAGUGAGAGAGUGACAUUACGUUGAAGUUACAAUAAGGUUACAACUUACAAAUUACAAUAAACUUGAAUAAACUACAGAAUUGUUGUUUUCGCUCGCGUUACAUUGAUUAACAACCGUGUCGGAUAGAUUUUGGUUUUUUUGUUUGUGUUUUUAAGUUUAUUUAGCAAACUUUAUAGUGAAAAUAGUUAGUAAUUGGUUAUACUUGCUUAUAUAUACAUUCAGAAGGUUCGGUGAAGAGAUAUAUUAUUUCAUACUAACUACUACUAUUUCCUAUAUACUUUUUAAACAAAUUAACGAAGGUUGUGAACUGGACUGCACCGGUCAAUCUCCUUCAUGUAUUCUCCGUGCUAUGUGACAUUGGUGAAAUCAUUUGUGCUCAUUUGGCACUAUUGAAAGCCAUUAACCUAAAGAAAAACAAAUAGAAAAAAAUACAGAAUUUCACUACAAAUAAUAUAUUUUAUAAGGAUUUGAGUGUUUUAUUUGUAAGGCAUAUCUUUACAUAAUGGAUUUAUUUAUAAUAAAUAGAUACACGGGCAGUAAUGAAAACUCGGAGAUUAUCAACCAGGAAACGUUGCAUUUACAAAAAUUAAAACAGAAGAUUGAAGAAAGAAAAAAAAUAUAUAAUAUUAAGAAAAAGACACCAGACACUAUUACUUUAAAAAAACAUGAUUUGUCAGAUAAUUUGGAAAAUAACAGAACAAAUAUCAAUGAAAACAAAAGCAAUGAAACUGUAGAAGACAAAAAUGUAGAAGAUGAUCUAGCACCCGUUAAUAUUCCUGCUAAACCUAAUAAAAUAAAUAAACAACAAAAUGAAUUUAAAAUUUUAGGUAAUACAGAUUUUGAAAAGAAAACUAAAACUGACAGAGUUCUACCAUACUGGCUCUCUCAUGCUUAUAGUGUAUCUAAGGAUUUGCAAAUCUUGACAUGUUCUAUAGAGCAACAAACAUGGCUUGACAACACUCUUAAAGCUACAUUAUUAAAAGAAGGUAUAACACACUUGUUCCCUGUCCAAGAGCAAGUCAUCCCUUUUGUUAUAAAGGAACACAAUUUGCCAGAACCUUUUAGACCUCAUGACAUUUGUGUUUCGGCUCCAACGGGAAGUGGAAAAACUUUAUCAUUUGUAUUACCAAUAAUUCAAAUUUUAAUGAAACAACUUGGUCAUCGUGUGAGGGCAUUAGUUGUUUUACCUGUGCAAGAACUAGCAGCACAAGUUGCUAAAGUGUUUAAAAAGUAUUGCACUAACACUGGACUUAAAGUUGCACUAUUAAGUGGAUCUACACCCUUACAUAAGGAACAACAGCAAAUAAUGAGAUACACAGAAACAUCAGAUUGGAUAUGUGAAACUGACAUAAUAGUAUGUACAGCUGGAAGAUUAGUGGAACAUUUACAAAACACUGAGGGAUUUUCGUUAAAACAUUUGAAAUUUCUUGUCAUCGAUGAGGCUGAUAGAAUAAUGGAUAAUGUUCAAAAUGAUUGGCUUUACCAUCUAGACAAACAUAUUAAAAUAGAAAGUGAAAUUUCCAACAAAAUCUCACAUUUAAAUUGGCAUAAUAUAAGUUCGCAAAAAUCAUCCAUACACAAGCUUCUAUUUUCUGCAACAUUGUCUCCUGACCCAGAACUAUUGGAACAAUGGGGGUUAUAUCAACCAAAACUUUUUUCGGCUGCUCCGAUAAAUGAUUCAACAGAUAAUAUGGUUAAAAAAUAUACAACACCAGAUGAAUUGCAAGAACAGUUUGUUGUCUGUACAGCCGAAGAAAAACCACUAAUUUUGUAUCAUUUCCUUUCCAACCAAAAAUGGGAUAAAACUCUCUGUUUCACAAAUUCUGCUCAAUCAGCACAUAGACUGACAGUACUUUUAGGUACUUGGGGUAAAGGGAAUAUUAAAGUGGCAGAGUUAUCAGCGGCAUUGAAUAGAACAAACAGAGAAAAAGUUUUAAAAAAGUUUAAUCACUCUGAAAUUGAUGUAAUUAUAAGUACUGAUGCCUUAGCUAGAGGGAUAGAUAUACCAGAUUGUAAUUAUGUUGUAUCUUAUGAUCCACCUCGAAACAUUAAAACUUAUGUUCAUAGAAUUGGCCGUACAGGUAGAGCAGGACGCAAGGGAAAUGCUGUUACCAUUCUUGUCCAUAAUCAAAUGCAAAUGUUUAAGGAAAUUUUACAAUCUGGAGGGAAAAAUGAAAUACCAGAAUUAAAAAUAGAUCAAGAUAUUUUAAAUCAACUCAUUGAAAGUUACGAAAAUGCUAUACGCGACACAAAGAAAUCAAUUAACGACGAAAUUCAUUCCAAAGUAAAAAAAUCUAUAGAAUUAAAAAGAGCAGCAAAAUUAACUAGCAAAUCACAACGUAAAAGGAAACAUAACGAAAGUAAACCAAUUAAUAUGUGAUUAAUAUUAAAUUCUACGAAAGUUUAAUAA